CGUGCCCACAGGGUUAAACAACUCCUUCAGUCUUGUGCGCGUAGCCUUCACUGCAUUUAAGGGUUGAAACACAUAGGCAGCUUCGUGAUCGUCGUCAUUCCACCAAAAUCACGUGAGUGUGUGACAGGAGUGUCUGCCUUGAGCUGUGUAAUGGCGAGCGGCGGCGGCAAAACUGAGAAGUACGAGCUGGAUGUUCCACCGCUGCAAGAGUUGUGUGACGUGUUACAUAAUGGGUUAAAAAACAACUUUGCUGAUGCCCAAGUCCGUGUGGUGGAAUGCCCAGACUUGUCACAGGCUCCCUUUCAUUUUCCUGCCAAUGGACUGUGUGGAAGCCCUCGCAUAAUGGAUGUCGGUGGUGUGCCAUACUUGAUUCCCCUGGUGCAGCUUGACAAGGUGUACAAUAUGAACACAGUUGCCAAGGAGGUGGAACUUCCUGGAGCCUUCAUUCUUGGAGCUGGUGCUGCUUCUUCAAGGACCCUUGGUAUGAACGCAGAGCUAAUGCCUUUGGUUGUCACAGAAAUUGAGGGGAGAUCAGCACUGAAUGGCAGCUACUUCUCCUAUAUUAACCCAGCUGAUGGGACUUGUCUGCAGGAAAAAUACAGUGACAGGUUUGAUGAUUGUGACUUUGGACUGCUGGCUAACCUCUACGCAUGUGAGGGUAAAGCUGGACAGGUUUUGGAGGUGAAGGCCAGCAGGAGAACUGGAGAGGACAGUUUUGUAACAUGUUUAAGGAAGACUCUGGAGAAAUUUUACAGUGACAAAUGCCUUGGAUUGGGGGGAACAUUUAUAAUGCAAAAUGGAGAAGCCAAGAUUCAUAUUAUGCCACAGGAGUUCUCCACCUGUCCUCUCAGCAGUGAUGAAGAGGUGAACAAGUGGUUGAAGCACUAUACUGUGCGAGCUCCUCUCAUUUGCCAGUCUGUGCUGGUGUCCAGGGACCCUGGCCUGGACCUCCGUUUAGAGCACACUCAUUGCUUCAGCCACCAUGGGGAAGGAGGACACUACUACAUAGACACUACCCCUGAUGUUGUGGUGUACCUAGGCUAUUUUCUGCCUGCUGAAUUCAUCUAUCGCAUUGAUCGACCAAGCAACACUCAUAGGAUUGGACGAGAUUGAAAAUUUGAACAUCGCAGUUUUGUACCUUCGAAUUUCAGUAGUACUUGAUACACAUUCACAGCCAGGUUUUUCUUGUUCCAAAUGCUGUGAUGGUCAGUGUUAAUUGCAAUCUAAUUAGCCACAUUUUUUUUGUUCUUACUGAAUCUUACAUUUAUUCAUUCAGCAGAUGCUUUUCUCCAAAG